CUCCGCGGCACACAAACUGCACCCCGAUUUCGAUCAUCGCGAUUCUGUUUUGUCCCUUUUUUUUAUUAUUUUUCCUUCUACCCCUUCAUGAUUUAGGGCACUCGAGAGUCGAGAACGGACUCCGUCUUUUGACUACGAACCAAAUCAUCUCAUCUCUCUCUCGCAGAUCUACUUCUCAGGCUAUAGGCUGAGUAUUGUGGAGUAGCUAUUCAAUUUGACGAUAGAUCUUUUGACUCUCAAGAUUAGGAGUUCUGUUUCUCAGCAAGGAAUGAUUUUUUGCAUGAAUUUUUGAUGCUCAUGCAAUGUCGGGGUUACUUAAUUCUUCUCUCAACAGUUCAGCUUCAAACCUUCCAGACGGUACUGGGCGACCUUUUACGACAUCUUUCUCUGGUCAGUCUGGUGCAGCUUCCCCUGUUUUUCAUCACUCCGGGUCAAUUCAGGGGCUGCACAAUCUUCAUGGGGGCUUUAAUCUUCCCAACAUUCCUGGUACAUUAACAUCAAGAAACUCAGCACUAAGUAAUGUUCCUUCUGGGGGAGUUCAACAGCCUGCUGGAAACCUUUCUAGUGGACGAUUUUCAUCCAAUAAUCUUCCUGUUGCUCUCUCUCAGUUGUCUCAUGGAAGCUCCCAUGGACAUUCAGGAGUCGCAAAUAGAGGAGGUAUAAAUGUUGUAGGAAAUCCUGGAUUUAGUAGUAGCACUAAUGGAGUUGGCGGUUCUAUUCCUGGAAUUCUCCCAACCUCUGGUGCAAUUGGUAACCGGAAUACUGUUCCAGGAUUGGGAGUAUCCCCAAUUUUGGCAAAUGCAGGUCCUAGGAUUACAAGUUCCAUGGGAAACAUGGUUGGUGGGGGCAACAUCGGGAGGAGUAUAGGCUCUGGUGGAGGAUUAUCUAUUCCUGGUCUUGCUUCUCGAUUAACUUUAAGUGCAAAUAGUGGGUCUGGAAGUUUGAGUGUUCAAGGACAAAAUCGAUUGAUGAGUGGCGUACUUCCACAAGGUUCUCCUCAGGUAAUUUCUAUGCUAGGAAAUUCCUACUCUGCUGGCGGUCCCCUUUCUCAAGGCCAUGUCCAAGCAGUAAAUAAUUUAAGUUCUAUGGGGAUGUUAAAUGACCUGAACUCGAAUGACACGCCUUUUGACAUCAACGACUUCCCUCAGUUGACAAGUCGUCCUAGUUCUGCUGGAGGACCUCAAGGACAAUUGGGUUCACUACGGAAACAAGGUCUUGGUGUUAGUCCUAUUGUUCAACAAAACCAAGAGUUUAGCAUUCAAAAUGAAGAUUUUCCAGCUUUACCUGGAUUUAAAGGUGGUAAUGCAGAUUAUGCGAUGGAUAUGCACCAGAAAGAACAACUCCAUGACAACACUAUGUCGAUGAUGCAAUCACAGCACUUUUCUAUGGGUAGAUCUGCUGGAUUUAAUAUGGGGGGAACAUAUUCAUCCCAUCGCCCUCAGCAGCAACAUGCUGCAUCAGUCAGUAGUGGCGGUGUGUCUUUCUCAUCUAUAAACAAUCAGGAUCUUCUCCAUUUACAUGGCUCGGAUAUCUUCCCAUCUUCACAUUCGAAUUAUCACUCCCAGACCAGUGGCCCUCCUGGUAUUGGACUAAGACCUCUCAAUUCUCCAAAUACAGUAUCUGGUAUGGGAUCGUACGACCAACUUAUCCAGCAGUAUCAACAACAACAACAGAACCAGUCCCAGUUUCGGCUUCAACAAAUGUCAGCUGUCAAUCAGCCAUUUAGGGAUCAGGGGAGUAAACCCAUGCAGGCUGCCCAGUCUUCUACAGACCCAUAUGGUUUACUUGGCUUGUUAAGUGUAAUAAGGAUGAGUGAUCCUGAUCUAACAUCUCUUGCUCUUGGAAUUGAUCUGACAACACUUGGGCUGAAUUUGAAUUCGACCGAAAAUCUUCACAAAACUUUUGGUUCUCCAUGGUCUGAUGAGCCAGCUAAGGGUGAUCCGGAGUUUAAGGUGCCACAAUGUUAUUAUGCUAAACAACCACCUGCUCUACAUCAAAGUUAUUUUUUGAAGUUUACUGUGGAAACUUUAUUUUACAUAUUUUACAGCAUGCCAAAAGAUGAAGCCCAAUUAUAUGCAUCAAAUGAACUUUACAAUAGAGGCUGGUUUUACCACAAAGAGCACCGACUAUGGUUCAUAAGAGUCCCCAAUGUGGAGCCGCUCGUGAAAACACCAACAUAUGAGAGAGGAUCGUAUCAUUGCUUUGAUCCAAACACAUUUGAAACAAUCCGCAAGGAUAAUUUUGUUGUCCACUACGAGAUGUUGGAAAAGAGACCGGCACUACCUCAACAUUAACCUAUAUCCUCCUUACAAUGUAAAGUUUUAGCCUGUGCUUUAUUGAGAAUAGUAACCUAGUUAGUUUGCAGCUUCUUGUAUUUGGCAAUUGUUAGCAUUUGUGUUGUCAAUCUUGUUCUGGUGAUAUUUAAUUAUUCAGUUCAGCUUUGAAGCGGA